CGUUCCUCCUCUUUUUCAAGCCUAAUUUUGCACACGCGGUGUUCUGCGGUGAUUUGGUGGAGUGGUAAAUAAUUUUUUCUCGGUACACUUUGAACUUAGCGGUGAGAUAUAAGUGUCGUGACAAACAUGGACACGUCGCCGAACGAGGGACAGGUCGCCCCGGAUAACUGGGAACAGCACAGUGACGAUAUUACGGAGGCCCUAGACGACGAUGUCUCCAAGACGUUCUCGAAGUUAAACGUGGACGCGCCGCCAUUCGUGCCUUCAUUCGCAACGUUGCAGAUGGCACAUAUUGAGCCCGGCGAAAAAGACGGUGACAAUUCACCAUCGGAUAAGAGAGACAGCGAAAAGGAGGACUCUGCGAGUAUGGACGACUCUCCAGCAGACUGGGAGUGUGUAACACUGGAAGACACCAACCAUGACCGGGGCGGAGGGGGAGAGAACACCCCCUCGACGGGGGACGAAGAAGAGCGCAUGGAAGUUGUGAGCAAGCCCAAGAAGAAGCCCCUCAAGGAAGAAGAUCAAGGACCUAAGAAGGAACACAUCAAUGUGGUGUUUAUAGGUCAUGUAGACGCCGGCAAGUCUACGAUAGGCGGCCAACUCCUGUAUCUGACCGGGAUGGUGGACAAGCGUACGUUGGAGAAGUACGAGCGGGAGGCAAAAGAGAAGAACCGAGAGUCCUGGUAUCUCUCCUGGGCACUCGACACAAACCAGGAGGAACGUGACAAGGGCAAAACUGUGGAAGUCGGAAGAGCGUACUUCGAGACGGACCACAAACACUUUACCCUGCUGGACGCACCCGGCCACAGAUCCUUCGUGCCCAACAUGAUUGGCGGCGCGUGCCAGGCGGACCUGGCCGUCCUGGUGAUAUCCGCCCGCAAGGGAGAAUUUGAGACAGGGUUUGAACGCGGAGGACAGACGCGAGAACAUGCCAUGCUGGCCAAGACGGCCGGGGUCAGGCACCUGGUCGUCCUGGUCAACAAGAUGGACGAUCCCACGGUCGAGUGGUCGGAAGAAAGGUACAACGAAUGCAAGGACAAGCUCGUGCCCUACCUUAAGAAAUGUGGCUUCAACCCCAAGCAGGAGCUGACGUUCAUGCCCUGUUCGGGGCUCACGGGGGCCUUCUUACGCGACCCUGCUCCCCCCGAGGUGUGCCCCUGGUACCGGGGACCCGCUUUCCUGGAGUACAUUGACGGGCUCCUGCCCAUGACCCGCUCCUGCGAGGGACCCUUCCGAAUGCCCGCUGUAGACAAGUAUAAGGACAUGGGCACGGUAGUCCUGGGUAAAGUGGAGUCUGGGUCGGCAAAGCGAGGGCAGCAACUAAUCUUGAUGCCCAAUAGGAAAAGCGUGGAGAUUCUUCAGCUGUGGUCGGACGAGGAUGAGGCUUCUAUGGUGACAUCCGGGGAGAACGUCAAGGUCAAGUUAAAAGGUGUAGAGGAAGAGGAAGUGUCUCCUGGCUUUGUCCUCUGCGAUCCCGUGAACCCGUGCAAGGUAGCCAAGGUGUUUGACGCCCAGGUGGUUAUCCUGGAACACAAGUCCAUCAUCUGUCCGGGGUACAGCGCAGUUCUACACAUCCACGCAGCCAUAGAAGAGUGUUCUGUGAAGACGAUCAUGUGCCUAGUAGACCGCAAGUCCGGGGAGAAGAGCAAGACGAGGCCGCGUUUUGUGAAGCAGGACCAGAUUGCCAUCAUGCGGAUGGAAUGCGCUGGCGUCGUCUGCAUGGAGCCUUUCAAGGAGUUCCCACAGAUGGGACGAUUCACGCUCAGGGACGAAGGCCGCACCAUCGCGAUCGGCAAGGUGCUGCGAGUGGUGGAAUGACUGGGAGGGGCCGGACGGCCACGCCUCUCUCGCAACGCCACCAAACAGCAGCAGCAGCAGCAGCAGACCGCCUACUCCACCAAAUCACCCGCCAGAACAGGGAGUCCCCCGCCACAGGAAGAGGGAAGGGGGAAAACGCUCCCGGAAGAAGAGGAGGAGGAGGACAGAGUCCUGCGCGACGGGAGCAACGGCUCCGUCGCUCCAACGUCUGAGGGCUGCGCUGGGCGGGGCUUGGCCCUGAUGGGAUGACAUAAGGGGACGGGGGUCGCCGAGAACGGCCUCGUGUUUCGGGGGGAGAGACUGCUGCUGCACGAAAUUUGAGCAGCACUAUCGCAACAUUCUUUUACGCAGUUUUUUUUUUUUUUUUUUUACGUAUCUCGAAUAAUUGGAUAUGAUUUCACGCUUCUGUCUGGUACUGUGUCACUUUUUGUGUGUGUGUGUUGAGAUAUCAUCCUUAGUUCGCUGUAGACUCCCGGACUAAAAGUCGAGAGGGAAGACUUGCGUAGGGAUCUGUUAGGGAUGACUUUCCCGGAGGAGCGCUCUUCCCUCUCUUCCUUUAGUAAUGGGGGGGGUACGAUAAUUUAAUGUGAUAGCGAAAAGUUGUUUCCGAGCACGGUCGCACGAUUUCGCGUGGUCCAUGCGAGGAGAAAAACUCGACAUCCGCAGCUUUUUCAACAUCGACGCCUUGGGGGGGGGGAAAGCAUCACAAUUGACAGACAGCCUGUUCUGUUCUGUUCUGUGUUCGUGCAGGUGCGAAACAUUUUCCCCAAAACUUUUUCUCGUUUAUGGGGGGGGGGGGGGUAAAAAAAAAUAAACGAAAAGUCUCUCCUUUCGAGCUGUCGCCGCCAUUUUCUGCCACCCCUCUUCCGAGCUCCUCCCCGCGGCAGCGCAGGGGGCCACGGUCGAAAGUAGGACGGCGCCGAGUGGAAACCCGCCGUCCUCGGCUGCUUGUUCGCGAAAAAACUCUGCUACUAACAAGAUUGCUGUACCACAGCUUCUUCCAGUUUGUAUUUACUUAGGCUCCAUUACAUUGUUUCUCUCCUUCUCUCUCUCUCUUUCUCUCUCUCCCUUUUUUGUUCUCCCUCCUUCCCUUCCGAUGACGUUGCGCAAAAAGUCACUUUAUUUGGUUGCCGCUGCAAACGGAUGUGGAGGGCGUGAGUCGUCGUUCCGCGGAGGGGGCAGGUUGAGGACCCUCCGCGGGCUACGCGACGUAUGUGUUGCAUUGUCGCUGACAGGGUUGUAUAAAGUUUUGUUUCUCUUAAUUGUGAUUGCCUUUUCCAUGCAUCGUCGUCUUUCUUUUUUUUUUUUUUUUUUCCCCUCUGAGAGAAGUCUGAAUAGUGCUGCUUCUCUCUCGGGUCGUAUGCACGGGAACUGUUGUGUAAAGAGACUUCAUCCGCCAUGUUGCCCACAAACUGAUGGUGGGAGUUGUUUUUUUUCUUUUUUUUUCUGUUGGUGGUUGAUGUCCACCGGAAGGGACGUCGCGGUCUCUGUGUUAAGCAUGUUUUUAUUAUAAAGAAUGAGGUUCUCCCUUAAAGCUUAGUUUUUAUCGGACUUGGAAGAAAAAUAAACUGUUUUGAUUGA